GAUGUAUAUAUAAAAUCUACUUCCGGUUUCAUUUUACAUCCGGUUUCAAAUUGCGUGGGUGUUGGUUUUUGUGGUCUGGCUUCAGUGGCUUGUAAAAUGGAGCCUACAGAAAGCCUCGUUGAAGGAAUUGGGGACGAACUGCUGUGGACUUUUCUCUCCCUAUUUGUAAUCCUCCUCCUCAGUGUGUGGUACCUGUUCUGUACUGAUAGUAGGAGAACAGAGAACGUCCAUCCUGAACAAGAAGAAGUAGUAGAGAGAGUAAGAGAGCAACUAAGAGACAACCAACAGCAACAAGAAGAAGAAGAAGCCAAUGAAGACUAUGAUCCUGAUAAUGCUGAACUCCCUCAAUGCCCAGUCUGCCUUGGACCAAUAACCUACCUAGCAGAGACUAACUGUGGUCAUAGGUUUUGUGCUCAGUGCAUAUUAAUGUACUGGAGGACUGAUAGGUGGCCUAGGGCCUGCAGGUGUCCUGUCUGUAGGAGAGAGGUUAAUAUCCUAUUGACAUUGCCUCAGUUGGAGACUAAUGAGAGAUAUCGUGAUCUAACAAAUGAGAUUAGGGAUUAUAAUAGUCGUAUGUCAGGAGAAUGGAGACCAUUAAUGAGUUACAUAUAUGACAUACCAACAUUACUACGCUACCUGCUAAGAGACUUAUUCUCAGUCCAUGGUCUAAUAUGUAUUCACAGGUUACAUAUUUUAGCAGUUCUAGUACUGUUGCUAUUGUAUUUGUUCAUUCCUUUUGAUCUGCUCCCAGAAUCAGCUAUUGGUCUCAUUGGUUUGAUUGAUGAUGGACUUGUACUACUAACUGUUAUUAUAUAUGUGACUUUAUUGUAUAGAUCUUAUGUUACUAACAGAGCUAUCAAUUAAUAUUUAUUCAAAACUAA